AUGGACACGCCGGCCAUCACGCCUGAGAUUCUCGCACAGCCUGGGGAUUCACCUUCGACUGGCCCUUCUCCGCCGCAUGAGUCAGCCACGCCACAAUCACAAUCACAGUCACAACAGGCACAGGCGCAUUCCCACAUCCUCCGGCAUCAGCAAACACAGCAGCCAAAGACCCAAGGCACAACCACCAUGGACUCGACUUUCUUCUUCGGGAAGAGCCUGCGCCCACUCUCCCCGCCGGAAUCUCCCUUCGCCUUCGACGCCGCCUUCUCAGCGAAGCCGCAGCAAACUUCACCUCCCUCGUCAACGGGGGGACUGCAGACGUCUGCGCCCGCGAGCCCGCACUUCACGCUCCCCGCGCUAGUCCGACCCACAUACCUCAGCCUCGCCAAACCGCCUACCCCAAACCUAUCUACCGCCAGGACGAAGCGCGAGCGCGGCUGGGCCAAAGCCGUUGUCCCGCAGCGCACAGCAGACAAUCCGUAUUUCCCAUCCAUCGCAGAGCAGGAGCGCGCGGAAAAAUGGGUGAGGGACCAAGCGCGCUUCACACUGCCUGAGCCCAGCCCACCUGCUAUGGUGGAGCACAGUGGAGUGGUGGGUGGAGCGGACCCGUUUUCACAUGCGAAUUCCGCGUCUUCUGCUUCUGCAUCAUCGGGGGCGACAGCGUCGUCACCGGGGGAGAAGAGUGGGCCGCGGUUCAAGCUGGAUCUGGGCGACGUGAGGCGGCGGCGCGCGCUGAGAGUCUGCGCCGAAGUGCCUGCCAGCCCGGAGAGUCUUGAGAAUGGAAUUGCGGGGAGGAGGGCGAGUGAGGACGAAGAAGCGUAUAAGAAGCAGAUGGCGAAGCAUCUGGCGGAGAGGAUUAGGAGGAGGAGCGUAAGGCCUGAACCUUGGGGGAGGAGAGAUGGGGAAGAGGGACGGUUUGAGUGGUGA